AUGGAUCAGAAUGUGCCGCGUAAUGACGCACAGACACCGAGCACCUCUGCAGCCUCCGCUGAGACCAGCGCGGAGGCAGCGGAGCCAUCGGGGGACGCGCCCCCGGCCCCAACACCUCCCCCCGCGGACAGCGCUGCUGGGGACCCCCCCGACGACCCAGACACCGCUACGGGGCCCGCGGUGGAGCCCGCGGUGGAGCCCGCGGUGGAGCCCGCGGUGGAGCCCGCGGUGGAGCCCGCGGUGGAGCCCGCAGUGGAGCCCGCGGUGGAGCCCGCGGUGGAGCCCGCGGUGGAGCCCGCAGUGGAGCCCGCGGUGGAGCCCGCUGUGGGGCCCGCUGCUGGGCCCGCAGUGGAGGCCCCCACUGCUGUCAAUGACCCUGACAGCACUCCUCCUCCCCCCGAGGAGCAGGUGUGGGAGACAGUGACUCUGAGUAUUUAG